CGCCCUCUUAUUCAUUUCUUCCUCGGCUGGCCGAAUUGCCGUGUCUUAGACAACCCAGUUUCUCACCUCAUUCUACAUUCUCUUUACGACGACAGCGUGUGAAACCCGUUAUCCGUAAUCAUGCUCGCUUCCAUCCUUCUCUUCUCCCUCUCCGUCUUCACGGGAGCUGUGUCGGCGAGUGCUAUCCCUCAGCAUCAGCAGCACGGAUUGGAGAAGAGGCAGAACACAAAUACAAUUCCGACAUUCAGCUAUGGCCCCUCCAGCACUGUCUACCUAGGCGGCGGGGGGGCUUCUACGGGCGUCUCAAAUACCUCCCAAGAAGCAACAGUGACUGCUACUGCUACAGCUACUGGUACUGAUGCUGGUAGUGCCACUGCCACUGCCACCGCUACUAGUACUGCGGUGGAGUCUGGGGAUGCGACAACGACCACCGCGGCGAAUACUGCAUCAGCAACGGGGACCAUUCCCACAUACAGCUUCGGGCCAUCCACGACGAUUCAAGUUGGCCCAGGCGCAACGGACGAGCCUGCGACCGGCAACGGGGAUGGCAAAGGGAAUGGCGCUGGUGAUGGCAAGGGCAACGGUAAUGGGCGCGGAAAUGGCCGUGGUGGCCGAUUUGGAAACGGGAAUGGAAAUCAACGGGGCAACGGCACCGUCCCUGACAACGGCGCCGGCAAUGGCGCUGGCAACGGAGCAGAUCAGAAACCGGGGAAUGACGAUAAAACCAACCUCGACAAGCUAACCAGUUUGUUACAAGGUCUGUUAGACUUAUUGCAAAACUAGACGCUAGACGCCCUCAUUCAUCUUUCGUUGUGGUGGUUAUCUCCUUGGCUGGCUGCGGCGUUAUCUGCGAACACAAACAUACAUACAUGUGUCGGAGACGCGGCGCAAAGAACUGUUUAUAGAGACACUUCCAGCCUUGCGCAUUGUAUAUUGUGUUCGUUCUUAUACCUGUUGUAUACUGAAUUGCGAAGGGCGGUAUGGUGCUGUGUUGUUGCUUGAUUAGCUAUAUAGUUGGAGCCACAGAACCUGGGAAUGAGAUAAUUGGUUCUGGCAACCUUGUAUUGUCAGCUCGGUAGUUGAAUUAGUUGAAGAAAGGUAUCUAUGGCCGUAAUU